ACAUUAAAAAUUCAUUUGUGUGUUUUUUUUUGCUUAUAUUGAAAUCUAUAUAAAUGUUACAGGUCUAUUAAAUACAAAUGGGUUAUUUAAAAGCACAUGAAAAGUAAUUUUUAGUGACACCUGACAACAGAGUACAAUAUAUAUUUGGAAUUGAGUUCAAGCAAGCUUUGAAGCUACAUGGUUGUAAUUAAAUAUUCCCUGAUUUUAAGUAGCACUUUUCGAAUAUCUUUAAAAUAUUUGUUACUUAAUUUUGUAAUUUUCUCGCGUGGUGAGGACAAUAUUUUGUUUCACCGGUUCUAUGCCACUGGCAGACUUUUGCUGUGCGUUGUCAAUCUGUGACAACCUGCCACCCUUUAAGCAGUCGCUCGCCAUGCCGCUGUUCAACAAGAAGUUCGAAUCGAAACCGAUCCCAGUGCGUCAGGGUCGGUGCAAUAUUGGACAUCCUGUGGCCACCGAGGAUCUGGACGAUUUCCGCCAGAUUUCCCUGACGCUGGGCAACAAGGAGCUGCGCUUUGCCGACGGCAUCUGGAUGCAUUCGUCGCGAAAGGGAGACGUGGAUGAUAUGCUGAGGCUAAACAAGAAAUUCCGGGCCCUCGAGGAGGAGAACAAUAUGUGCAACCUAAAGAUCGAGGUUAUGCUGGAUCUGCUGGCCGAGCAUGCCACUGAACUCAAUGAACUGAAGCCAAAGGAAAAGUGAGAGGAAGCUCUUUGAACAAUAUUAUAUCUAGGAUAACAAAGGUUAAAAAUGAGUUGAGUUUUGGGAAAAUA